UCGGCGACAGAGUUAUCCUUCAAGUACGCCGUAUACAGAAUCAACACAGACAAGAUCAUCUUACCUAAUACUACACUAGUGUUUGACAUCCAGUACGUGCCCUGGGAUGACCUCUUCCACACCGCCAAGAAGGCAUGUAAACAAAUCACCUUCGGCGUACAAGCGAUGUUCGGGCCCUUUGAUCCGCUCCUGGGGUCUCACAUCCAGUCCAUCACCGACGCCCUGGACAUCCCACACCUGGAGGCGAGACUGGACAUAGAACCGCAGGAGAAGGAGUUUAGCAUCAACCUCUUCCCCUCCCACGUCUUCCUUAACCAAGCCUACAAGGACAUGAUUCAGUUCCUCAAGUGGAAGAAAGUGGCCAUCAUCUACGAGGAGGAUUUUGGUCUCAUGAAGCUCCAAGAGAUCAUCAGGUCUCCCCCCAGCAAGACGAUAGAGAUGUACAUACGACAAGGUCAUCCCGAUAACUACCGAGAUAUACUCAAGGAGGUGAAGCACAAAGAGAUUUUCAGCAUCAUCGUUGACACUCUACCUAGGAACAUGAGACAGUUUCUACGAUGUUUGCUACAGCUACAAAUGAAUGACUACCGCUACCACUACCUAUUUACUACCUUUGACAUCGAGACCUUUGACCUGGAGGACUUCAAAUAUAACUACGUCAACAUGACCGCCUUCAGGAUUGUGGAUACGAGUAGUGUUCAUGUCCAGAAAAUACUCAGAGAUAUGGAGAAGUUUCAGCCCAUUGGUCACUCCAUCCUCAACAAGUCUUCCAUUAUCAAGGCAGAACCAGCCCUCAUCUACGACAGCGUCAAUGUGUUCGCCAAGGGUCUGCACGCGCUGGAGAGGUCGGCCACCCUCAGCCUCGCCAACCUGUCCUGCGAGAGUGAGACGCCCUGGGGAGAUGGGUCCUCACUCUUCAACUAUAUCAACGCCGUGGAGUAUGAUGGACUGACGGGACCCAUCAAGUUUACAGAGGGGAAGAGAAGCAACUUUAAGCUGGACGUUCUCAAGCUGAGGAACGAGGAGUUAAUUAAGGUGGGAGAGUGGACGCCGGAUACUCAGAUCAACAUCACGGACAGACAAGCGUUCUUUGAUGGCGGUCGACCUAACAUUACUCUCAAGAUUAUUACUAUAGAGGAGACACCCUUCGUCAUGACCAAACAAUCCAAGAACCUGACGGGGAACGGCCGCUUCGAGGGGUUCUGUGUGGAUUUGAUCGCCUACGUCUCCACCAUGGCCGGCUUUGAGUACCAGAUCGAGCUGUCUGGUGAUGGCUUAUAUGGCAUUAUUGAUACUGAGACUGGCGAGUGGAACGGCUUAGUCAGGGAGCUCAUAGAUAAGAAGGCUGACUUGGCUGUGGGCUCUAUGACGAUCAACUAUGCCAGGGAGAGUGUGAUCGACUUUACCAAACCUUUCAUGAACCUCGGCAUCUCUAUUCUCUUUAAGAUCCCCACGAGCCAGCCCACGCGUCUCUUCUCCUUCAUGAACCCGCUGGCGGUGGAGAUCUGGCUCUACGUUCUGGCCGCCUACGUUCUCGUCUCCUUCACUAUGUUCGUCAUGGCCAGGUUUUCCCCCUACGAGUGGAACAACCCGCAUCCCUGUAACGCCGAGAGUGACGUGGUGGAGAACCAGUUUAGUGUGAGCAACUCCUUCUGGUUCAUCACGGGGACGCUGCUCCGCCAGGGCUCCGGUCUUAACCCCAAGGCGGCGUCGACGAGGAUAGUGGGCGGCAUCUGGUGGUUCUUCACUCUCAUCAUCAUCUCCUCCUACACCGCUAACCUGGCUGCCUUCCUCACUGUCGAGCGGAUGAUUACGCCUAUAGAGAGCGCGGAGGACCUGGCAGAGCAGAGUGAGAUCGAGUACGGCACGCUAGAGGGAGGAUCCACCAUGGGGUUCUUCAGGGACUCCAAGAUCGAGACUUACCAGAAGAUGUGGCGGUACAUGGAGAGCAAGAGACCUUCUGUGUUCGUCCCUAUCAUAGAUGACGGCGUUAAGAGGGUGUUAGAGGGGAACUAUGCCUUCCUGAUGGAGUCGACCAUGUUGGACUACACCAUCCAGAGGAACUGUAAUCUGACGCAGGUGGGCGGCCUCCUCAACUCUAACUCCUACGGCAUCGCCACGCCCAUCGGGUCGCCAUGGAGGGAUAAGAUCUCGCUGGCCAUCUUGGAGCUGCAAGAGAAGGGGAUCAUCCAGAUGUUGUACAGCAAGUGGUGGAAGAACACAGGUGACGUGUGUAACAGAGACGAGAAGAACAAAGACUCCAAGGCCAGCGCUUUAGGGGUGGAGAACAUUGGUGGGGUGUUCGUGGUGCUCAUGUGUGGUCUUGCCCUUGCCAUAGUCGUCGCCAUCCUGGAGUUUUGUUGGAACUCUCGCAAGAACGCUCAGACCGACCGUUACUCUGAUGACGAGGACGAUGUAGGUGAAGAUGACGAUGAAGAAGGGGGAGGAGGAGGAGGAGACGAGGAAAAGGAUGAAUAUGAUGAGAAUGGCGAGAAGAUAAUACGACCUCGAGUAGUACGACCACAGCAGUCACUGUGUUCAGAGAUGGCGGAGGAGCUGAGGUUCGCCAUGAAGUGCCACGGGUCUCGUCAGCGUCCGGCCCUCAAGAGGAACUGCUCCCGGUGUGCCCCAGGGACCACCUACGUCCCCGCCGCCACCGACCUCCCUCAGGCCAACGGCGAGAAUGGGCUGUUGCCUAUGAUUGAAUUCAGGAAGUCGUCUGUGGUGCAGUUUGACUCCACGAGCCCCUAGCUGACGGUGAGAGCUGGCGGGGAGGACGUGUGCCUGGUGGGGGGAUCCUCCUCCAGCAGGAACAUGCAUCUGAUGUGCGAACACACACCUGUUGUUAGGCAGUCCACGACUUGCAGCAACACCUGGCUGCAAGAGUGUCCACAUGCUGCAAUAAAGACUCACCACUUGCAGAGGAGUUUGUACUUUGUAGGAUAUUCUCGUCUCCAGCAGCAGGACCCCCUCGUUGUAGGAAGGACUUACCUCCUGCACGAUCAUCCACCCUUUGUAGGAUGACCCACAAAUUGCAGGAGGAUCAUCCUCUUGCAAGACGAGCCACACGCUGUAGGAGGUCCUCGCCUACUGCAGGAAACUCUCGACUCCUGCAGAAGGCCAACGUCUUUCAGGGCUCCCCCGUCUCCUUUCUCCUGCAGCACUGGUCAAGAGUCAGUCUGGACGCCUCCGGGGAACCCGUCUCCUGCUCCCUGGGUCUUCCUGGGGGAGUGUGAGCUCAUGUGGCCUCACUCCUGUAGUAAGACCUGAGCACUGAGAGGGAGAGAACCUGACGUGUACAGCGACUAGUGGCUCAUAUCAGACGCUCAAGGUUGGCACGUGACUGUUUUUAAGGUGCACACACACACACACACAUACACACACACACACACACACACACACACACACACACACACACACACACAUACAUAGGUCUCCCCAAAACAGUACGCCGUGCUAACUUUGACCACCUGACCUGAUUACCAUCAAUAGUUGGCUUGUACAGGACCCAGACCCAGAGUGAGGGGGAGAGAGAGAGAUGAAGGAAAACAUAAAAGUGAAGAAAAAAAGAAAAAAAAACAAACGUGAUAAUUUUAAGUAGAAGAAAAAACAAGAAAAGUGAAGAUAGUGUUAGAUUUUUUAUUACGUUAAGUGAAGGGAAAAAGGUUACUUAUAAAACGGCCAUUAAACACUUACACUUACAAAAUUAAACUAUGUAGGAAUUUAAUUAACUUAGAGAAACAGGUGAGGUCAAUUGAGUUGAAUUAGUUAAAAGAGGAAGUAAGGUGGGGAGAGUAAUAAGCAGAAAGAAGGUGAGGCAGGGGGGAUGAGAUAGAAAGUGAAGUAGAGAGAAACAGUAAAGAAAGUGAGAGAGAGAGAGUGAGAGAAAGAGAGAAGUGAGAAGAUGUUGAAAAAGUAAAAAGAAAAUGAAGAACAAGAAGAGAAAGAGGAUGUAGUAGAGACAUAAAAAGUAAAAACAAGAAAAAACGUAACAAAGUGAAAGUGAAAAAAGAAAGAGACGUAACCAAGACAACGUGAAAACAAAAAGAGAAAGCGAGAGGGUGAAAGGGAAGAGAUGUCAGAGUGAAAAGGAAAGAGAGUAAAAGAUACGACCAAGAGAGAAAAAGUGAAAAAGGAAAGAGAUGUCACAAAGAGAAAGGAAGAGGAGAAAGUGUGGUCGUCUGGAGUAAGGAGGGGAAGGAAGAGGAAUUGAGAAGAGAAGAAAGAGGA